UUGGCGAUUUAUUGUCAUGCCUCAUUCCCGUCUUUGAGCACAGCCAUUUCAAUAUCGUCAAUGACUGGCCUCCCGCAAAUCAAUUCGCACCAUUUCCGCCCUGAAUCACCCACUUUAAUCGACAUGGCAGCCCCAAGACCCAUCAGCUCCUACAGCUGCCUUACGUUCGACUGCUUCGGCACUCUGGUCGAUUGGGAGUCGGGCAUGUAUGCCGCCCUCUCUGAGCUGACGGGCCAGCUGGACCCCUUCCAUACGCUAUACGACAACCGAGCCGGCACCAUUGAGCUCUUCGCUAAACAUGAGGGACGCCGAGUUCGGGAGCAGCCGGCUGAGAUCUACCAGCGGAUCCUGGAAGAUGUCUACGGCGAUGUCGCUCAAGAGCUCGGUCUUGAGGCGUCUACCGAGGCCAAGAAGAGGUUCGGUGCCGGUAUCGCAGAAUGGGCUGCCUUCCCCGACACCGUGGCUGCACUCAAGCGCCUCAGGAAGCAUUUCAAACUCGUGAUACUAUCCAACGUGGAUAGAACCUCCUUCUCAGGGACACUUUCGGGCCCCCUGAGAGAGGUCGAGUUCGACGCCAUCUACACUGCGCAGGACAUCGGCUCAUACAAGCCCGACCCUCGCAACUUUGACUAUCUAGUCGAGCAUGUCGCUGAAGAUCUAGGGUUCAGCAAGGACGGCAUUAUCCACACCGCCUACAGUUUCCCCCACGACCUCGUGCCCGCUAAAAAGCUCGGCAUUGUAGGUGCCUGGAUCGAGCGCGGCGAGGAGGUACCGACGGUCAUGGGAGGGAAGUUGGAGGAUGUCCCGGACCAUCUGAGACCCUCGUGGCAGUUCAAGUCACUGCGCGACAUGGCAGAUGCCGUGGAUUUUGACGCUGCGAACAAAGAGUAGCAGUAGGAAAGCUUUGGUUGCUGACGGGGGUUAUCAAAUGCGUUCAUGAGUUAUACAAAGUCGAUGCCUUCCAUUUGGGUUGUGGCUGGUUGACAGUGAAAUCUUAUACCUUCAUGCCUGUUAGAAAUGUGAAAAGAACUAUAAUAUCUA